AUGCCUCGCCUCUCUAGGCCGUCCACCUCCUACACCUCAGCAUCCACUUCCUAUGGACAUGGUGACUAUACAACCACAAUUCCACGUUCCAGGACCCGGCCGGGUACUGGUAGACCACCAACUGCCCGCCCCAGGAUCGGCGCGUCGACUAUUGCCAGGGUCGAGUCUCAACAAGUGGUCUGCGCUGUUGCCGAGUCUCGCGGGAUCUCACCCACCGUAGGCCUGGCCUUUGUCAACCUCGAUACCGGAGAGUCGGUACUUUGCCAGAUCAAUGACAGCCAGACUUACGUUCGGACUAUUCACAAGCUGAAAGUCUAUGGUCCUUCGGAAAUACUCAUUGUCGCAACAGCGUCUAGUCCCAAGUCAAAGCUGUUCUCCAUCAUCGAGGAUAAUCUUAAAGACAUUGGCAGCGAAAUCACCUUACUCGAUCGCCGCUACUGGGCAGAUUCGACUGGCUACGAGUACAUCCGGACCUUGGCCUUCAAAGAAGAUGUCGAAGCCAUCAAGAUAUCGGUCCAAGGCAACUACUACGCUAUCUGCUGCAUUGCGGCUGCACUGAAAUACAUUGAGCUGGGGUUGAAGCUGCAAUUCUCAUACCACUCACUCAGAAUGCGAUACGAGCCCUCCGAGGGAUCCAUGAUGAUCGACAUGUCCACUAUCUACUCACUCGAGCUUGUACAGAGUCUUCAGAACCCAAAGACGGAGGACUGCCUUUUCGGACUCCUCAACGAGACCCUGACAGCAAUGGGAGCACGCUUACUGAGGAACAACAUAUUGCAACCGCUCACUGACCCUGAAGUUCUCAACACCAGGUACCUUGCAGUGGAGGAGCUGACUACCAAGGAAGAGAUGUUUUUUGCUACGCGAGCCGCGUUGAAGAACUUUCUCGAUGCCGACAGAACCUUGACCGCACUCAUCGUCAAGCCUGUCAAACCAACUUUGCAGACAACCGAGCAAGCUAUCAACCACGUCAUUAUGCUGAAACAAUUCGUAUCGUCUGUCAAUCCGGUCUUCGAGGCUCUCACGGGUGCGAGAUCAAGCAUGCUGAACAACAUCCGCGAGCUCUUCGCUCCUGAGAAUGUCUCGCCGAUACAAGUCCUGAUCGACGAAGUGAUCAACGAAGACACCACCCACGCGAAACAGCCUCUCGAGCUUCGGAACCAGCGCACAUAUGCAGUGAAGUCUAGUGUAAAUGGGCUGCUCGAUGUCGCACGCACGACCUACAAGGAAGCUACCGAGGACGCCUACCAACACUGCACAGAGCUUGGUCAGGAAUACGGCAUCCAGCUUGACCUCAAGUAUGAGAAUGCUCGCCAGUUCUACAUCGAGAUAUCCACCACCGAGCUCGACGGCAGAGGCCUUCCAGCCGUUUUUACCAACGUCAUUCACAGGAAGAACAACAUCGAAUGCCAAACCCUAGAGCUUAUGAAGCGCAACCAGAAGAUAACCAUCUCACACCAAGAAGUUGUGCUGAUGAGUGACCAGGCUGUGGACUCGCUCAUCGAGGCUGUCCGCGGUCACAUGUCGGUCAUGUUCAAGAUCUGCGAAGCCAUUGGUCUAUUGGACAUGAUCGCCGCUUUCUCGCAGCUCGUCACUGUGAACGAAUACACUCGACCGCACCUCACGGAUACACUUGCAAUCCAGGCUGCCAGGCAUCCUAUCAAGGAGAAGAUCAUGGUAAACAAAUUUGUACCGAACGAUGUGUAUUCCACCCAACAGUCGCGCUUCCAAAUCAUAACUGGCUGCAACAUGAGUGGCAAGAGCACUUACAUCCGCACCAUCGCGCUCAUGUCGAUCAUGGCUCAGGUUGGAUCCUUUGUCCCCGCCUCGUACGCCUCGUUUCCAAUCUUUCACCAGCUCUUCGCACGUCUGGGCAUGGACGACAAUAUUGAGACGAACGUGUCGACAUUCGCAGCGGAGAUGAGGGAGAUUGCGUUCAUUCUGCGGAACAUUGACCGGCGAAGCAUGGCCAUCGUUGACGAGCUGGGCCGUGGCACGAGUACCAGAGAUGGUCUGGCCAUUGCUCUGGCCAUCGCCGAAGCACUCGUCUCCAGCAAGGCACUAGUAUGGUUUGCAACCCACUUCAAGGACCUCGCCACCAUUAUGCAUGAGCGUGCUGGCGUGCAGAAUCUUCAUCUGGCCGUUGACAUAAGGAACGAGCAGAGCAUGACUAUGCUCUACAAGAUCGCACAGGGCGCUGUCCAACAGUCACAUUACGGUCUUGCCCUUGCCCGAGUUGUACCACUACCACCAGGAGUGGUCGACCAUGCCGCAGUAGUUGCGCGGAAGUUCGAGCGCCAUAUGCUUCGCAAAAAGAAGACCUCUGAGGUCGUACUGAAGGAGAAGCGUCGCAAGCUCAUUCUCAAUUUGAAAGAGCAUCUUGUGCAGGCAUACAACGGUAUACUCGAGGGCGAUGUUCUCGCCGCUUGGCUUAAAGAGUUGCAAAAGGAGUUUGUCAACCGUAUGACAGCACUCGAGGCUGAGGCUGCCAGCGUGAGCCAAGACACAGACGAUGAAGAUGAAGAGAUUAACGGAGGAAGCGCAGUGGGCGGCCAUCAGCGUCUAGGCACCUCUGCUGGCCAGCUCUCGGCCACGAGCAUCUUGUCCAGGCUGACUUCAACCGAGUCCGAGUCCACCAAUCGUGCAAUGUCUGAGGCUUCGACAAUUCGAGCCGUGUCAGACAACGAGCGCUGA